AUGUCUGACCCGUCGGACCACGUCGUUUCCACGCCAGGAUUCAAGAUGGACCUGCCCAAGUUCACUGGCUCGCCCGGCACCUUUCAUGCGUGGAGCAUUCGCAUGAAGAUGGCGCUCAAGCUCCGCGGCGACGACGUCUGGGCAGCUGUGGAGGCAGGAGCAUCGUCAUCAGGAGGUCCAAGCUCAGCGACACGCUCAAGUGCAAGGAGACCGACAGCAGGAGAUCACGCCAACAUCACCGCUGCAAACCUCAUCGCGUCCACUGUUGACAGGCAAGUCCUAUCUGCUGAGUCAUCAUUGACCUCCCGUCUUCACGACACCACAAAUUUGCAUUCACCUCUCUUGUGUUCUGGAAUGUUCACGUGA